GGGCGCCGUGCGGCGGGCGGGGCGCUCAUGGCGGCGGCGCUGGGGGCCGCGCGGCGCUUCCCCGCCGCGGGGCGGCCGUUCCCGCCGGGCCGCGGGUGCGGGGACGCGGCGGGCUGGGCCCGGCGGGAACGCUCCUACUGGCGGGCGCUGCGGCGGCGGGUGCUGGGCCCCCCCGCGCCGCCCUUCGCCGCCCCCUGCCAGGUGGGAGCCCCGGUGCUGCGCGGCGCCGCCGCCGCCGUGGGCCCGGAGCGGUUGGGCGGCCCGGAGCUGCGGGAGCUGGCGGCGGCGCUGGCGGCCGGUCUGCGGCGGGGCCCGUGCCUGGGGCUGAGCGCUCCGCAGCUGGGCGUCCCGCUGCGGGUCUUCGCCGCCGAGCUGCCCCCCGCCCGCUGCCGCCGGUACCCGCCGGCGCUCCGCCUCGCCCACCGCAUCGAGCCCUUCCCGCUCCGCCUGCUCGUCAACCCCCGGCUCCGCGUCCUCGACUCCCGCCUCGUCACGGGCCCGGAGGGCUGCGCCAGCCUCCGGGGCUUCUCCGCCUACGUCCAGCGCCACUGGGCCGUUCAUGUCUCCGGCGUGGACGAGCGGGGGGAGCCGGUGAGCUGGGAGGCGACGGGCUGGGCCGCCCGCAUCAUCCAGCACGAGAUGGACCACCUGGACGGGAUCCUCUACAUCGACCGCAUGGACCCCCGCACCUUCACCAACGUCGGCUGGAUGGAGCUCCUGGACUGACACCUGCCCCCCCGUGACGAGGUUCCACACAGCCCUCCCUCUCCGUGGCGGAGCCCCCAGUGUGAGCUGGGGCCCCCCAGUGUGAGCUGGGGCCCCCCCAGUGCAGCACUGGGUGCCUGUCCUUACCCCGGGGGCUCCCACUCGGCUUCGCUGCGGCCAAUACACGCUGUGAGGACUCGGCCCAGCUCCUGACCUGCUGCUGGAGGGGGGGCUGAGGGGGGGAUCUCCCACUCUGCGGCUUGUUUGGGGUUCGGGCCGUGGGGCUGGGCACAGUGUGGGGCUGGAGGAUAGUGGGGCUCAGCCUGGCCUGGAGACUGCGCAGGGGGACACGGUGGGCUUGGAGGGGGGGCAGCUCCUGGCAGGAGCCCUCGGAGCUCAUCCCUGGAGUGGGGGAGGCUGCUCCGAGCAAUAAACGUUUUGGGGGGGGGGGCCCCCCACACUUUCCUGCUGCAGGCACAACCGCCCCCCCAUCUGCAGCACAGUGAGCCCCACACCCCAACUGGGGCCAGGCAGCAGCUCCUGGGGCUCCUGCCUGCGAGGGGCGGCACAGGCAGAGCCGAGGGCCUUGGGGCUGGGGCAGCGCAUUACUGGGGGGGGUGGUGGGCCAGGCUGGGACCCCCCCUCAGUGUGGCCAGAGCUUCAGGGAGGGGCUGGGCACCAGCUCAAGCUUUUGAAUUGUUUUUAUUUUCAUAUAAACAAGACAGAACCCAAA